AUGUACACGCGAGGUGUAAUCCUGCGAACGGUUGCUAUUGACGAUUACAUCCAAAACGGCUACGGCGUGCACAUCUGGAACUUGUACCUGGUCAAACUCAAGCCUUUCAAACAGAACGACCUGGCAGCAGAAGACAUCUUCGCCCUCGGCAUCUGGUUUGUCAAAACGUCCAUCCUCCUUUUCUACCUCCGUCUCAACCCGGAGCGCCGCUUCCGCCAAUGGACCUACGGCAUCAUGGCCUUCGUCUUCGUCUACUCCCUCAUCAGUAUCCUUGUCUUCACCUGCGGCUGCAUCCCCGUGACAGCCAUGUGGGACAUGACGCAAAUGGCCACCGCCAAGUGCGUCGACCAGCUGGCGUUCGUCUACGCCAACGCGGCGUUUAACUUGCUCUCGGAUCUGAUGACGCUCAUCCUGCCGGUCAAGCUGUGCUGGGCGCUGCAGACGACGCUGAAGCAGAAGGUUCUGCUAUGCGUGGUGCUCGCGAUGGGCUCCUUUGCGUGCGUGAUUGCCAUUGUGCGGAUCGUGACGAUGAUGCCGUUUGUGCAUUCGAUGGAUUUCACAUGGUAUAAGGUUACGUUGGCUAAGUGGGCGAUGGUCGAAAUCAAUGUCGGCAUCAUCUGCGCCUGUCUCCCCGUCCUCCGGCCUCUGCUGCUACGCGUCGUCCCCCAGUUAGCAGGCAGCAAGAACUCGGGCGCGGAUAAGCAGUCCGACGAGAGCUAUACCCUGCGCAAUGCCGUGCCCAGGAAAAAGAAGGGCAUCCGGAACUGGGAUUACCUCACGACGGUGGGGGGGACGCAGAAUCCGCGCGAGGACGACGUCGAGAGUGUCCAUGUGCGGCCGAAUGGGAAGAGUGAGAGCCAGGAGGGGAUUAUCUUGUCGACGGAGACGAAGAUCACAUAUCAUUGA